AUGGACAUGCAAUAUGUUUAUACGAAGAAACGAUCAGAGUUUGGUCGUCAAGUAUAUUUUACAGACCGAGCUGUUGAAAUAACUGCUGAUAUUCAACCAAAUCCUGAGUUACUUCAUGAUUAUAUUCCUCGUAAUCCAGUUGAUACUGGGACACAAAAUGUCCGUGAAUUUUCUGAGCAUUGGGUAAACACAGUGCGAUUUGAAACAGAACAUCGUGGUGUUAAUCAUGUUGAAGGUGGUUGGCCUAAAGAUGUGAAUCCACUUGAACCCGAUCAAACAACACGUUUUCGAAAGAAAACUGAAAAAGAAGAUGGUUAUGGACGUGCUGUUGUAUCACUUGGACAAUCAAUUGCACAUACAAUUAAACAAAAUAAUGCAAUUGAUAUUUAUGAAAAUUAUUUUCAAAAUAUAGAAGCCGAUGUUGUUGAAGAAGCACCUUUUGCUAAAACUAUUAAUAUCUAUCGUGAUCCACAUUCUACUCGACGUACAGCUAAUCAUAUAUCAUGGAAUGCUGAUGGUGCACGUAAAAUAGCUGUUUCAUAUUGUAAUUUGGAAUUUCAAUCAGCUUCAAAUGACGCAUAUAUAGAUUCAUAUAUUUGGGAUAUUGAAAAUCCUACUAAACCUGAUUUUUAUCUUAAACCAAUAUCACCACUUGUUUGUGUUGAAUUCAAUCCAAAAGAUGCUCAUCAACUUGUUGGUGGCUGUUAUAAUGGUCAAGUUUGUAUAUUCGAUACUCGAAAAGGUAGUACAGCUGUUGAACAAUCCCUUAUUGAAAAUAGUCAUCGAGAUCCAGCUUAUAAAACAAUUUGGUUACAAUCAAAAUCUGGUACUGAAUUUUUUUCUGCAUCAACUGAUGGCAAAGUACUUUGGUGGGAUACAAAAAAAUUAUCGGAACCAGUCGAUACAUUAAUAUUAGAUAUAGAAAAGAAAGGUCGAUUAGAAAAUGCUCUUGGUGCUAUGACACUUGAAUAUGAACCAACUAUUCCAACUAAAUUUAUGGUUGGUACAGAACAAGGACGUAUUAUAUCAUGUAAUCGUAAAGGAAAAAAUGACGCAGAAAAAAUUGGUACUGUCUUUCCUGGACAUUGGGGUCCCGUUUAUGCACUUCAACGACAUCCGUAUUUUACAAAAACUUUUCUAUCUGUUGGUGAUUGGACUGUACGUAUAUGGUCUGAAGAAUUACGUGAUGAUUGUAUUAUGUGGACAAAACCAAGUAUGCAUGCACUUACCGAUGCUCAAUGGUCACCCAUACGAGGAUCUAUUUUCUAUACAACUAAAAUGGAUGGUACAUUGGAUGUUUGGGAUAUAUUAUUUAAACAAAAUGAACCAACAUUAUCAAUUCAAGUUGUUGAUGAACCACUUCAUUGUUUACGUGUACAAGAAACACAUGGUCGUCUUGUUGCUUGUGGAUCACAAAAUGGUACACUAACAUUAGUUGAAGUUUCUGAUAAUUUAUGUACGCAAGGUAAAAGUGAAAAAGGUUUAGUCUCGGGAAUGUUUGAUCGUGAAACAAGACGUGCUAAAGUUCUUGAAGCUCGAGGAAGAGCUAAACGAGAUGCUCGAGGAAAAGCAGGAGCACCAGGCGAAAAAGGUGAAAAAACAACAACUGAGGGACAAGCUGAAGAAUCAGAAUUGAAAGAAGGUGAUCCAAUUGAAAAAGCCGAAAAAGAUUUUUGGAAAAUUAUUGAAGAAGAAAAACGAAGACGAGAAAGAAAAGCAUUGGGUGAUGACAAAGGUGCUGGUGAAGGUGGUGCCAUGGCUCAAGCAGAACAAGCAGUUCAUCCAACAGCAUAA